CAGCUGGUCGAGGUAUUGCAGGCGCACACGUCUCGGCGAGCAACAGAGUGCUGUGUGUACAACCCCCGCCCACGUAUUAUUAUUCGGUCAGCUCGUGCAACCACGUUUCCACGGGGAUCCACAAACGGCCGAGAACGCGAGAGCACCUCGUGCCGGAGAACAAGGCCCGCACCGAGGCGGAUGAUGAGUCGAUUAUUCGACGUCGAGAACUCGCCGCGUCCGAUCGACACAACCACGUAAGAGGAAGGCUUUAAUGCGACACAAGGACGAGCAUGAUUCUGGCUGGAUCAGACCAUUUUCUGGCGGUACCUGUAGAAGCGACAGCGUUUCUAGCUGCCGUUGCUGGUUUCGUGUUCCUACUGUUGGCACUGUUUUUGUACCUGUCCCGGAAGUGGUGCUUCACCCCGCCGUCCACGACCACGCUCUUCGGCGGCGUUUGCGUGCCCUUAUGCGAGUCCAACAACAGCUCCACUUCUCAGAUCGCGAAGAACAUAGGAAAGGCAUUUUCCUACUCGGAUCCAGAGACUAGAUCCGACUCGGAAGAAGACGCCCUCCGUCGAUUGAAUCCGCGUCCUCCGCCGCCCCCGGACACUCUCACCAUACAAGCUGAAGAUGGUCCAACCAUUGUCGACGCUGGAACCACAUCCAGCAGCUGCACGGAGGAGCACAGCCCCACCGAUCAACAACAGGUGAACCAGGAACUAAACUGCGAAGACGCGGUUUCCACGUAUCGCGAUCGAAUAUCGUGUUCUCGAUCCGAGCCGCUGUGCGUAGUCGAUGUCGGGGCACCCAGUCUUCUGCUCGGGAACAACGAGCAAGAGGUGGAGGUCGAGCAAAAUGGACCGACGACCAAUGACGUCAUCACGACGAUCGGCACCGUCGCUGAAGAAGUGGGCAGCCUCGAGGUCGCGUUCCUGUACGAUGCCCCCAUGCGCGAGAUGACGGUACAAGUGCUGCAAGGACGUAACUACCCUGAAGGCAUAGGCGGCAGUCAAGUUCGCCUGCUUCUGCUGCCGUCGAGGAAGCAACGCCGCAAAACUCGGGUGCGACAGGGCUCGUCCCCGCAGUACAUGGAAAGCUUCCUGCUACCUCGGGUGAACCCUGAGGACGUAAACGCCAUGGGAGUCCGGCUGCGGGUCUACUUCUGGGGCGGAAGAAUGCGUCGAGAGAGACUGCUCGGCGAGGCCAGGGUCUCCUUCGAUCAGAUCAAUCUUCAGCUCGAAACGACACUGUGGUUGACGCUGCAGACUCCCCCUUCGUCCUCGGUACAAGACUGGGCGACAACCGGGAGCUUGACUCGCAGCGAUUCGACAGGCUCUCAGCAGUCGGUUCAGUCGUACGCCUCGCCCACUGUGCCUCCAUACGGCAGCAGCAUGAAGGGCGGAAGCGUGGCGGAGAUUCUGAUAUGCUUGUCGUACAACGGGACAACGGGACGUUUAUCGAUAGAAAUAAUCAAAGGUUCCCAUUUCCGGGGCGGCGGUGGCAACGACACCAAGCCACCGGAUACGUAUGUUAAACUUGUCAUUGUGGACAGCAACGACCACGUGAUAGAGCGCUCGAAAACCGGGCUGAAACGCGCUCAGCCGAAUCCUCUUUACAAGGAAACGUUCGUGUUCGAGAUCGCUCUGUUCCAACUGGCGGACGUGACGCUGUUCUUGUCGGUGUACAAUCGACGGAGGGGCAGCAUGGGAAAGAAAGGGAGGGAGAUGAUCGGCUGGCUGAGUCUGGGCCUGAACAGUUCCGGGCCCGAGGAGCUUCAGCAUUGGAACGACAUGAGAGCAGCGAGCUACCCGACGCAGGUCCAGCGCUGGCACUCGCUGCUGCGCCCCUGAACACAGAGUUCCUGUUCACGGAGAAACAUUUUACGCUAAGGACACGACAUGGUACGCAUCCAAUGAUCGACGGAGAUACAGUUUUGCGGGAGAACUGUUACCGGUCGCUGAACCACGCACCAAAAAAACACGACCGAUCGUUUCACAGCGAGACCGACACACCACCACCAACUGGAUAGGGAUACGUGUACUCUUUUUAGAGGCGAUGCCCGGGUCCCGCUGGACCCCACCGGGCCCGUCCACUGCCUGACGCCUAUCUGUGUCGUCGAUCCUGCGAACCAGAGCCACGUCGUCAUCAACUUUUACGCACGCGAGUAACUCACGAGUUACAGAACUCUCUAUCGAUGUACCAAGUACAUUACCCCCUUUUUGAUACGCCGGACGGAGUUAUGGGUGGUUUUCUGCGUACGAUACUACGUAUGUAUAUCUAAUUGACAUACUAAACGGCGCAGUACCGCGAGACACCAUAUUUUCACAUGGUCACACACGUACGCAUCUGUCGCAGGGUGUUUCCUUCAACCGGCAAUCGUGGAGAAUGUUGAAAAUCUUCUAAGAUAUUUUUACUCUCAAAUUCCGUUCUUUCGGUAUAGGCUUCUUCUUCAGUUUGGUUUGAAUUCCUUCUGUUAAACCGGACAUAACCUUGUGUUUUACAAAUUCGCAGAUUCAAUAAACGCACAAUGAUCUAUAAUCUGUUCAUAGCAUGUUGGGAUAAUGAAAUUUUACUUGCAACGAUGUCUGUAGAAAAAUUUUUCUAAUGUAUUCAGUUGUAAUGUUGCAGGUUGAAUCUCGAACACCCUGUACAUGCACAAUUACACGUACAAACGGAUACAUGAUAAAAAAAGGUAUCUCGUUCAUCUUGGUCACUUGGUCUCUAAUAAUACAUUUCUCGCACGUGUUCACUCUCAUCUCCAAAUUCAAAUGAUGUCCAUAAUGUAGACUAUAAAAUAUAGACUAUCCUAAAGUCAGUAAUUUCAAAAUGUGCGUUACCUAGUGUUUAAUCAUUGAAAGUUGACAAUUUACAGUAGUGCUCAAUAAUAUUGCACCCCCUUCAAAACUACAGUUUCAUGAACAUUCAAUUACAUACAUCGCAAUCGCGCUAACUGUUCUAAAUUCUUUUAGCACGGUCGCUCGAUGAUCGUGCAUAGUCACGAUGCGAAUAAAUUUUUUGGAGAUCUGGGUUGAUACGAACCCGGGCAACCUGGCCCGAAGGUCGGGGACGAAAAGGUGACCAAGAUGAACAAAAUUGCUCGGUUAUAGAAUACGUUGUAGGCGGGAAAGCAUUCUUUUCGGUUUUAAAUCAAUGGCAUAGGACCACGAAAAAAAGGGAAACAAAGAAAAAAAACAGUACGAAACCGUGGCAUAAAUAACUCUUCGACUCGAUUAUGUGCCUGAGCCAACUUUGAUCGUUUAUUUUUUACUUUGUGCCUUUCACCAUUUUUAGGCCGCGUGUCUGUCGACGGAGAAUCGUCGUGGGAUACACAGCCGGGUCGAGAGUUCGCUAAACAAAACGUACAAUUCUCACGUUCAUUUAAAUCACUCUCCCUACCGUCGUCCACCUAUCCGUCUUUCUCAACAGAUAUCACGAACACCCGAUGCGACACCGCGGAUCCUGGGUCAGUCUUGACCUCUCGGAACACACGACGCGACGGACGGUUCGAGAAUGGAUUGACUCGCGAAACCGCGAAUUUUAACCCCUUAAGAGGACCCUUCGAUCGAAAAUAUUGAUAUUCGUAACGUCGCGCGGCAAGACGUUAACAAGGUUAUGUCGCCUCGCGAUUGCCCGCGCCAAGAGUAGGUUAUCCAUGAUUAAAGAAUUUUCGUGGUGCAGAAAGUACAAUGGCCAAUACAACUUAUUAGUCAAUUAGACUAGAACAACAAAAGCAUUAUCGCUUUGUCUACAAACAUCGCUUUCGAAUCUCACGCUCUUUUCCAUGUAAAUUUUCCCUCGUAGGAUAGAAUUUUUUGGCACCUCAUUUCAAACGCGCACCGAUCACCUUUAUCUUGUACCGCGAUUGUAGAUAAGGCGGUAGCUACUGAAAAAUGUUGAAACUAUUAUGACUUGUGGUUUCAAGAAGCUCCGUUGCAUUCUGCAUCGCUUAGAAAAUGCGACGGUACAGAGUUUAAUGGAAAAGUUUGUUUAUCGUUUUAAAGGAGAUAAAAGAACGUUCUAGAUGUCGUCUCUUUUUGGCUGUUUUGAUUAGAGGGUUCUCUUAACUGCGAUGAUUCUACGGCCGAUACUAUCCGGUUUCGAACAAUGACAACUCGAAGAGGAACGCGAGGCUGUGAAAUUCUUGUGUACUCUUUCGUUUCUCACGCGUUCCCCGCUCCCUCCGUACGGUCUCGUUCGCUGACCCCCACCCGAAUUAAUUACAGCCGGUUUUGGGAUAGAAAACAACAGUUUCAAAUCGUGGUGCAAUGAAAGAUAAGCUGUUUUCAUUUCGUAUUCAUAAAAACAACACUGUACGUAGAAUUCUCAACGUUUUUGAAAGUCGCUUGUUUGAUCACCAUUGUGUAGGCAACCGGAUACCCAAGCAUGUAUUCGCCAUACUUUCUUCAACAAUUGCAUGUAUUCGAAAAAUAUCCCAAUACUACUUGGAAUUCUCCACUUUUCGAACACUAUUAGCAUCGAUUCGUGCUUUCAAAGUAAGAAAAUCUUAAAUAUUAAAGCUUGGUUGCCUAUGCGAUCGGAUGUUGUCGAUAGAGUCGUUAAGAAAAGACUACUUGCAACUUUUCAAACGUUGGAAUCACCGAACAAGCUACUACUAGAGGCAGUAUUACUGGUCAGCGAACGUGUCGGAACGCAAGCAGAGAGCGGUGUAAAAUUCGAAGCGUAAAUAAAGCUUCAUUAGACUCUGCUAGAUGAUCGUCGUGAGCGCAAAAAUUCGCACCGACGCUUUCUUCGCGCGGAACACGGUGUUCCCUCGUUAUCGUCCCACGAUUCGACACAGCGAAACACUACGGAGCAGCGGACUCUAUUUUCUACUGGCUAGGCGAUUGGGUGGCACCGUGCGACCAGUUUUCCCACGUUGUAGCAAUGGGAACAGAAACGGGAUGCUAAGGGGGGAACGCUGUAGAUUUGAAAUGCGCGAGCGUAUGAUGUGUAUGAGUAUGUGUAAAUAUAAAACGUGUGAGCGACUCAAUCAGGGCAUUGAGGGGUUUGGCCAUUUAGGGGACGAUAUACGAGGACAGAGACUCACAAUUCAAACGACGCACAAUAAACUCGCAAAAGCGCACCCCGUAAACGCAGAUGUGAUCAUAGAGUUGAUAUAAUUACUUUAACUAAAAACAAAGAGUUUAGAAGCAUAAACAUGUACGAGUAUCGCGUGAAUAACGAUAGAACGUAGACGAAAUCCGUAAACGAUCCACGCGUUUAUACAUGUAUUACAGGAGAUUGGGAUUGAUAAAAAACUGAGCGAAGCGGGCGACUGAUUAACGGAUUUCAUAACAUAUAUAUAUAUACAUAUAUAUGUUAUGUAUAAUGAACAAGCAAGAAAUAACAGAUGUUGUGAAUCGUUCAACGCUUGACUUUUUCAAGCUUUAGUGUUUUAGGUAAUUAACGAUGAUUAAUCCAUGCUCGAACUAUUCUCUCCUCCACUUUCUCUCGUUUACGUCUUAGAAUAACACGUUACGACGUCAUUUUGCAGGGACUCAGAAGCCGUGUUUCCGGUGCCCAACAAUUUCUCUCUCGAUUCAAUUCAGUUUUUCCUCGUUAGCGCGAACAGAGCGAGACGCUACGGAGUAUCACACAUUUUCCUGUUGGCUUCUCGCUCAGCGAUGUUUCGUAACCGUUGCACGAGAUAAGGAACGGUGGCGAUAGAAACGAGACGUUAAUGAGGGAUAACCGCACAAUGCCCGUAACGGAGGGAUUUCGAGUGUUUUCACGGGAACGCGAGAGACCAUGGUGGAGAGACGUGCGGCGUGCGAACGAAUCGUUCGCGUCUACUUUGAUAAGCCCUUUAAAAGCGUAGCAAGAUCCUAGCUAGCGUUCAUUAGGAUACUUUCCACUUCUGAGUCCUGGUGACAGGAGAAUUGUAUAUUGGUACGGUCUGUUUAUAAGCAUCACGAUGAUUAUAUAAAAGAACGCACCUCCAUGUGCGAGGAAGAAACGGAACCAAUGAAAAGGAUGAUUGUUCGUUAGCCCUUUUUGUGUCCAGAAUUAUGUUACUUUUGUUCUGUACCGUAUAUAUCGAAGACUGUUAAAAAUAUUGAGAAUUUUCUGGAAUCGUUGAAAUUGAUUGCACAAAUUUAAUUCGUUAAAUAAAUGUCACUUUCAAGUGACAAUUUCGUGUACUUCAAGGUCAUGAAGGGCUAAUUGGUGGACGGCGCUUUUUCAGGGUAAUUUCUAUACCUUUCAUUGUUUCCAAUUCGUAAUAUAUUGUCGUGACCAUAUAGAGGAGUAGUAAAAUUUUGGUAACGCUGUUCAAUCAAUUUGAAUCCUUUCCCAAGAUAAAAGUUUUAGAAGAAAUUCUAACUAUUAUAUGGCUAGUAAUUUCGUAGAAAACAUUCAAAUUCGUUGAACAGCUUCAUCAGAGAUAUUAUAAUGAAAAGUAUGCGAUCCACGGGGACAGUUAGACUGCGAUGCGGAUAGUCGAAGCAUGGCCUUGAGCGGACAAUUGAUUUUGUUCGGAGUGUAGUUCAUGGCGACCGAGAAGAACUCGGUUGAAAACGCUUUAUAACAUUGAUCAGACGGCGGGAACGUAUGGGAAUGUUGAAAUCUUUAUUACUUAAGUACAGUUAUCGACGACGUAUGGAUGUACACGUCGAAUUAUAAUUCUCACGCUAACUCGUAAGUUGCAUUGUUCUCCGGUGUUCUAAUUCUAAUAUGUCGUUAAAUCGGUCGAUCCAAUAGGAAAAUGAAGAGGAAGAUUUACGAGUAACGAUCGCGAGGAUUAUAAACAGACUAUGGUUGAAUUUUUAUCUAUAUAUUUUAUCUACAGCACUGUCUCCCUCUCUCUCUCUCUCUCUCUCUCCUCUCUCUCUAUCUCUCUUGAUAAGUAUUAAAUUGAAGUUUGAACGUCUACUGCACAAAGUAAUUACCUUAAUCAAUGUUAUUACUUACAAAUUAAUAAUAAUAUUAAUACUACUACUACUAAUAAUAAUAAAUAACAAUUAUUAUUAUAUCUAUCGCGUUUUAUAAAAGUGUACUCUAAUACAAUUAAACGAAUAAACUUACGAAAUAGUUAUUACUGAACACGCAUAAGGAGAGAUAACAAAAUAAAACCUGUCAAAGUACA